AUGUCAACAGUAGCAUUGAUCCAAGACGAUACUUCGGCGUCAACAUCCGUAGAUGGAUCUUCAACUGGACGUGACCAGAAUGAGAUGUGUAACACAACUCAAAUUGUUCUGAUUUCCCUUGGUAUCACCAUCGCCACCAUAUCCCUUUUGGGCGUUGCAGCAAGUUACUACAUGUCCCAAAAGAAAAAGAAGGCUGAACAAAAGAAAAAUAGAGCUGAGGCUGCUGCGGCUGCAGGAGAAGCGGGAGAAGGCGAAAAUGAAAAAGAAGGGGCUAUUCCUGAAGGAGCCGACGACAGAGAUUUAGAGAAAGGUAGUACACCAACUGUUACGCAGGAGGUGUUUCAUAGUGCAGACACAGAGUCUAUGGACUCUGGCUCAUAUCUUUGGAGUGCAGUGUCUCCAGGUCAACAACGAAACCUAUCCCCAUCUGAACCUCCAGGUGAUGAUCGUUCUGUCCUAGCUUCCACUUCUACAGCCAGUUCUGUAACAGACACAUCUAAUGAUGAUAUCUUUUAUCAGCCACUUUCUCAGCCUACAAGCCCCAUUGGAGGAUACGAUCAUGCCACACUUAGAGGAGUGGGAUAUAGCGGAGCUAAAUCCUCCGAGAUUUACGAAUCCGUAGAGGAAGGCGCUGAUGGUCGCAAUGGCCUCUCACCAUUUCCAGCAUCUAUCAUAGUAUUACCUCCUCAAAGAAAUAUAGGGAAUGGUAUUAGUGGUGCUGAAACUGGAGUAGGCCUUCGGAACGGUGCAGCCAUAUUUGAAGGCCUUACGACCUCACGUGCUUUUCGAAGCUCGAUUGAGGGACCAGGGCCUGUGGUCGGUAGCUUGCCAAGUUUUCGGCUUUUAGACGCGGUUUCGGAGGAAGCAUUUGACGAGCAUGGUCAUUUAGCAGUACAGCAACUGCAGCAGCCUAGUGGGAAAGGGAAGUCGCGGGUGAAGAGCAGCUACCUUGAUGACUACCGUGAACAUCAGCGACAACAGAGACUGAAAUAA